GUGAUUAUAUUUAAAAGUUAAUUAUUAUUUUUAAAUAAAUUUUAUUCUAAAUUGAGACCAUAAGUGAGAAACUAUGUCACAAUUAAAUGCUAUGUUAUCAAAGAAAUUGUUGAAUGCGACCACUUUUGGUCAAAUCCGACUAAUUCAUAGCACAUCACAAUGUUGUGCAAAACAGGUUCCGAUGAGUCGUUUCGACAAAGACUCGUAUAUUCCGCACGAAAAACUCGAGAAUAAUUUGAAAAUUGUUAAAAAUAGACUGAAUCGACCGCUGACUCUGUCGGAGAAGAUAUUGUACUCUCAUUUGGAUGACCCUAACGGUCAGGACAUAGUGAGGGGUCAAAGCUAUUUGCGGUUAAGACCCGAUAGGGUUGGUAUGCAGGACGCAUUGGCGCAAAUGGUAAUGUUUCAAUUCAUUGCUAGUGGACUCAAAAAAGUAGCCGUUCCCUCAACCAUACACUGCGAUCAUCUCAUUGAAGCCCAAAUCGAUGGCGUGAAAGACUUAGCCCGCGCUGAAGAUAUUAACAAAGAGGUCUAUAGCUUCUUGAGUACGGCUGCGGCUAAAUAUGGGGUCGGGUUCUGGAAACCCGGCAGUGGUAUCAUUCACCAGAUUAUUCUGGAAAACUACGCCUAUCCGGGUGUCUUACUUGUUGGCACCGAUAGCCAUACCGUAAACGGUGGUGGAUUAGGAGGUCUAUGCAUUGGUGUAGGAGGUGCUGAUGCUGUGGAUGUAUUAGCAGAUAUCCCGUGGGAACUGAAGUGUCCGAAUGUGAUUGGAGUGCAUUUAACCGGACGUCUCAGUGGAUGGACAUCACCUAAAGAUGUAAUUCUGAAAGUGACAGAUAUUUUAACAGUAAAGGGCGGAACGGGUGCUAUUGUUGAGUAUUUCGGACCCGGAGUUGACUCAAUCUCGUGCACAGGGAUGGGAACCAUCUGUAAUAUGGGCGCUGAGAUCGGGGCCACGACUUCAGUGUUUCCCUACAAUAAGCGAAUGAGAGACUACUUGUCGGCCACUAAUCGUAAGGACAUCGCAGACUGGGCUGAUGAGAGCCGAGACCUAUUGAGUGCUGAUUCCGGUGCCAAAUACGAUCAGGUGAUUGAAAUCAAUUUGUCGGAACUGGAGCCUCACGUGAACGGCCCCUUCACCCCUGAUUUGUCGCAUCCAAUCUCGAAAUUUGCACAAAACGUCAAAUCAAAUGACUAUCCAAUUGACCUAAAGGUAGGUCUGAUCGGCAGCUGUACUAACAGUAGUUACGAAGACAUGAAUCGAGCCGUCAGUAUUGCGAAUCAAGCGAUGAAACACGGAUUAAAGUCUAAAUCCAUAUUCACUGUAACUCCCGGUUCGGAGCAAAUCCGAGCGACAAUUGAAAGGGAUGGACAGGCGGAACAGUUCCGGAAGUUUGGUGCCGUUGUAUUAGCCAACGCUUGCGGACCAUGUAUUGGACAGUGGGAUCGACAGGAUGUAAAAAAAGGUGUCAAAAAUUCAAUAAUCUCUUCGUUUAACCGUAACUUCACAGCGCGUAAUGAUACCAAUCCUGCGACUCAUCAUUUUCUGGCGUCACCUGAGAUGGUGACCGCCCUCUCCAUUGCCGGCAGACUUGACUUCAAUCCAUUGACUGACGAACUGACCGGUGCUGACGGCAACACGUUUAAACUGAAGGAGCCCAGUGGUGAUGAAUUGCCGAGUCGUGGCUUUGAUUCUGGUGAAAACAAAUACCAGCCCCCACCUACUGAUGGCUCAAACGUUAGUAUUAGUGUUGAUCCUAAGAGUCAACGCUUGCAACUGUUAACACCGUUUAACAAAUGGGACGGAAAGGACUUAACAGAUAUGUUAGUCCUCAUCAAAGUGAAGGGCAAAUGCACUACAGAUCAUAUUAGUUAUGCGGGUCCUUGGCUCAAGUACCGUGGUCAUUUGGAUAAUAUCUCUAACAAUUUAUUCAUUGGAGCCAUUAAUUCAGAGAAUAAUGAGGCGAAUAAAGUGAAGAACCAAUUGACCAGUGAUUGGAGUCCAGUUCCCGACACUGCCAGACAUUAUAAGGCAAAGGGUGUCAAUUGGGUGGCAAUUGGUGAAGAUAAUUACGGAGAGGGCAGUAGUCGAGAGCACGCGGCCCUUCAGCCCAGACAUCUGGGUGGACGGGCUAUAAUUGUUAAGAGUUUUGCCCGAAUUCAUGAAACAAAUCUGAAAAAGCAAGGAAUGCUUCCCUUGACUUUCGCUGACCCUAAAGAUUACGAUAAAAUCCAACCGACGGACAGAAUUUCAUUAUUAGAUCUCAAGAGUUUAGCGCCG